UGAGACAGAAAUGGCUUUCCUCGGUCUCUUAACUUCUAGAAACUUACUUAGUCACCCUUUCCACUCUGCCCUCACAGGUGGGCUUCUUUUUCUUUGUCUACUUGUAAAUAUGACCAUUAUCGCCAGUGCCACUCCAACUCCCCUGACCAUCCUCAUCACGUCCACAGCAGAACCUUUAUCUUCUCUGCCUGCUGAUGAUCCUCCCGGCUCACAGGGGGCCUCAUAUUUACAACAGCCUCCAAAGGCAAAAGCUGUGGAAGGGGAGGAUGUGGUGUUGCCCUGUUUUUUAAAGAGUGAUGUGGAUGAAGUACAGGCUGUGGAGAAGGUGAGGUGGUAUGUGCAGAGUUUGGAGGGAAGGAAGAAUGUUCUACAAGGCAACGAGACGGCAGAGGAAGAGUUUGCUGGCCGUGUGUUUUUGUCUGGUGAUCUGUCUGAGGGAGAUCUAUCCAUGACACUAAGGAAUAUUUCGGUGGAGGAUCAAGGCCUGUAUUUGUGUGCCUUCAUAUCAACACGCUCGACUGUUCUUCAGGGAGGCGGGACCAAACUCAGCAUCCGCAAAGGGCUGGGUGUGAUUGAAGAGUCUGUGGGCACUAUAAUUGGCAUCGUUGUGGCAGUUGUUGGCGUGGCAGCGGGGCUGGUUGCUGUGAUACUGACUCAGUUCAAGGACAAACUGAACUGCCUGCAGAAAUGAGACACGAGCGACAGCUUUGGAGCUUGGAGGUUAAAAGUGCGGUGAGGCUACGGUAAAGGCUAAAGGUAAAAGUGUACAAACACACAUACGCUCACGCUGCCAAGAACUGACCGCAGUGCAUGAGAGAAUGACUUAACUGAACGGUGAGGCAUUUAGCUCACCCCAUAUUCUGAAUCAUAAUAUAUACGAUUACAUAGACAAAUAGAUCCGGUGACCCUCCUCGAACACAUACCCACCCCAUCAGAUCUAACAAUGAUGAAAAAGAGCAGCUGAGUUAU